CAUGUCCCAAUUUCACAUGCCGCUUUCAUCAUCGAGGCGGGGCAUCAUGUAGCUUGGGGAUUUGCAACGCCAGAGAAGACCACCCCUCUUCAACGUGAUGCUACUUGUCUCACCAGCCGCCGGCCAGGCGUAUCAUUGGACAGCAGCACGAGGCAUCACGCACCAGUGGCCACGGAGAGGAGCUCUCACUGCUCGUCUUACCUGAUGACGGCAAUGAAGCUGAACAAAGAUCGAGCCGACUGCCUAUGUUCAGCUAUUGCUACCCCGCCACUCCACCAAGGCCCAAGAUAUCCACAAGCUGCAGCAGCAAGCGCCGCACUUCUUGCUGUCGUCAGCCACUCGGGCAAACCGGCACCAGCCUGGGCUUGGCUCUGGUCAGACCAGGACGGCGGCCGGGCUCGAGCUACGGCACUUAGCAACGCCUCUAUUGCCCACCAGCCGGAU